UGCGGCAUCGAACCGCAAUACUGUUGUGAAUUUCCGUUGCUGUUCCCAUGGAGACUUUUCGAUUCACACACGACUUGUCCGCAGUAUAAGGAACAACGCAAUUGCUGCUGGUGUACAAGAGAAUCAGUAUUGGAGAUGGCUGAAGAGGACUGCUGGGUAUUCGACUCGCUCGUCGCCUUCCUCAACGGUCCCGUUUGGAACGCUCCGCUGCAGAGCUUCAUCGAAGAACGAUCUCUAAUUUUUGAGCCAAAUGAUGCCGAGCAUCCAGAAUACAAAAAGGCUUUCGAUGACUUCAAGAAUCUGGUUGAUUUCAUGCUGGGUAACUUCAUGGAGGAUAUUGGGAUAUCACCGCAGCAAUUUGAAGCUGCAUGCUUUAGGGGUGCUAAAGAAGCGGUUCCUCUCCACUUCGAUCCGAAUACUUUUGAGCAAAUAUGGGCAGCCAACGAUUACCAGAUGUUCAAAAGGAUGAUGGCUCAGAAGAAUGUUGAGCUACAGCUACAAGCGCUUGAAUUAAUCGAGCACAAAUACGGAAAAACUCCAGAACUGUUUAUACCAAAAGGUAGGGAAGGCGAAUCCUCUGCGGCGGUGGAAAUCGUCAAGUCCUCAGAUUUAGAACGAGAAAUCCUGGAAGAAGUCAGCAAGCAAUUUCCAAUAGAGAAGACGGAAGAAGUGGAGGUGGAAGAAGAAAUUAAUUAUCUGCAUAAAGAAAAGUUCAAUUUGGAGGAAACUUUGAAGAAAACUAUUGAGGAUAAGUUGACAACACAGAAGGCGGUUCUAGAGAAACAACUGGACGAAACCGAUGAAGAAGAGGAAAUGAUAAAACCGGAGAGAACUACUUUUGACCUAAAACAGAAGCAGGAGGUCGAUAAUGUUGAGCUGAAGAAGCGACAGGAUUACUUGAGAACGCAACGCGACAAGUUGGUGGCACUGAAGAAAGAAGCAAGAAAAAAGCAUCUUGAUGAUGGAGGAGAGUUAAAAGGUAAGAAGGUGCGUCCUAAAUCUGCAAAAGCAGCCGAAGUUUUGAUGUCUUCAGAGCCAGGAUCUCACAUCGAGCCGCAAAAGUUAAAAUUACGAAAGGCUUUGGUGCAGAAGCUAAAGACGGAAGUGGUCGGAAAAAAUUCCAAUUAAAUUGUUGAA